AUGGAUGAGCUGCUCAGGCCAGCCAGCAUCAUCCGUACUAUCACGGGCGAGAAAAAGCCCGAGGUCGAUUUCCUGCGAGAGUCGAGAGCUCAGGGUCGCUCCAGCAACGCAGAGCCAAAACCGAACGCUGGGCAUAAACCGCCCACCUCAUUAGAAGACGCUCUUGAGAUACUCCGGCAUGAACCAGACUACGACUCGCUCAUCGCAGUCUUGGCCUUCCUCUUUCGCCAUAAACCUGACGGCGCUAGCUUUCCGAGCAUAAAGCUGCCCAGUCCUCUGAGUGCACAGCUUGUUCAAGUCCUAGUCUCUCAGAUCGUGCCAAACUACUGGACCCUACUUCUCGAGGAUUCUCAUCAGACCAAGGACUCCGGACUCAGGCUGCUCCUGUACUGUCUGGCCAGUAGCACAGGAGUGAACGCCGCCCUCGUCCGGCUGAGCGCACUGAUCCAGGAAGCCAAAUCUGAGGCUACUGCGAGAACAAAGCGACCCGAUCUUUGUAUUAACCUUGGGAUCAUCCUCGAUUUGCUCUGUCGGCUUGUUCAGGGUGACGGAUGGCUCUUGGAAGCAUACCGCGCAGCAACAUCCAGUGCGGAUGGUCCUGCCCGCGUGAAGCCCAGAGUCCAGGAGAUCGUCACAACUUUUGGCAACGGCCGCCUCAUCUCCAUGGCCGCGGAAGCUGAGGCAACUGCCAAAGCCAAUGGCUCCAACAAGUUGAUUGGAGACAAUUGGCUUGCCGAUCCAUCACAGUACGUUGAAUGGCUUGGUCGCAAUAUUGCGAAAUUGGUCUCAUCGGGGAUGGAACCCGAGCAGACAAAGUCUGUCUCUGGCUUGUUUGUCAAAGCACUACACCUUGGCCAUCCCGAGAAACUAAUCAAGCAGCUCCUUUCAGAGCUCGUCCUCAGACCACACUGCGACGCCAAGGACUUCAAGACCCUCCUGGGACACCUCCCGCAGAGCGAGCAACGCAAAGUCCUGUUCUCCGUCUUGAAGCUAUUCUCCGUUGAGCAUCUCGAUCGCCUCGGACGCUGCGAUGCGGCAAGCACUCCAACGAUUGCCGCCGUCGCCGGUGCACUGGACGGAGUUCUCGGCAAAGACGAGAACGGAAGAAGGCAUUUGGUGGAGUGGCUGACCGCGUCCUCGGGUGCUGGCCUUGGAGACGGCGUCGGGAUCCGACGGGCAGUCAUGGCGUUCAUGUCCCAAAACAAAGACGAUCUUGUGAACGUCUUGGAAAAGAGUCUCAGCCAGUUUGGGGAUCAACUCUACAUCAAACACUCGCCCAUGCUGCAGCAAGAAGCCCAUGCCCAGAUUCUGCUUUUAGCCGCUGGAUACGUGCACAGGUUGACGCCGAUCAAGCUGUCCAUGCUGUUACGAUCCAGUGUUUGGCUGAAUGCCAUCUCCAACCGGCUCGCAGCGCCUCACACGAGGGCUCGUUUUCUGGGAAUGGUGGUGGGUGAAGCGCUAUCUGGCCUUGUGGACAAGGGGGAUAAGCGGCUCAGCUUUAAGAUGGAAGAGACAGACCAGGACGAGGGGAAAUGGUACAAGGGGUUAACAGAAGUCUCCGACGAAAUUGGGCCGCUCCAGCCGCUCAUCGACUCCCGUGCCGAUGUGCCACGGCCAAAGAAGCGAGAAGCUCCCAGGAAACCUGUGACAAGACCAGCACCCCAACCACCACAGACCGGCUUCAUCAUCGAGGAGCUUAGCGAUGGAGGUGGCCCAGAAGAAGACGAUAUUGUGCCCUACGCAAAACCGGACUCGGAUCCAGAAGACUCGGACGAUGACGCGACAUUGGUCAGGCGCAAUAAACCAAAGGCGCCGGUUUACAUCAGAGACCUGAUCAAGUACCUCCGAGACACCGACAGCUAUGACCAUCAGAAGCUUGCUCUCACGACGGCACCCACCCUUAUACGGCGUAAGGCAGGUUACGGGACCGAAGUAUCGGAACACGCCGAAGAGCUGGCUUCGUUACUUGUCGGCCUGAGUGACAAGUUCGAAACGAAGAACUUUGACGAGCUUAGAAUCCAGGGGAUGAUUGCUAUUGUCGUCGCCAAACCAGAGAAGAUGGGCCAGUGGUUCGCCAAAACAUUCUUCGAUGGCGAUUACUCUAUCUCCCAGCGGGCCUCAGUCCUCGUCGUCCUUGGUCUUAGCGCUCGUGAGCUCGCAGGCCUCGAGACCUCGGAUUAUGCCGCAGCCGCCUCGUUCCCGUCGAAGACGCUUCCCGAGCGAGCCGAACGUCUUUAUCUCGGCCACUCGUCAACCACCCAACCGUCUUCUUCACUCAAACCCCUUCCACCGAACGCCCUCGACAACAUAGCCACCUCCCUCACUUCCGCUUUUCUUGCCCCACUGGCAGCAACAGCCGCCGACGCAGCCACCGGUCCCGACAUCUUAAAACUGUCCACCUUCACUUCCCGCCUCACUGACGACCAAACCUCAUCCCCCAGCAACCCCAAAGUCAAAUAUAAGUCUCAACCCAGAGCCAAACCCCGCCUCCGCGCCAUACCAAACAACACCGCCCACCUCCUCUCCACCUCCUUCUUCUCCCCACUCAUAGCCCGCUUCCAAGCCGCCCUGCACACCGCCGGUUCUUUGUCGUCCCGCACCGGCAAGACAAUCCUCUUCCACCCGUACCUCCUCGCCCUCUACCUCAAGACCCUCGCCCUACUCCUCCACGCCGCCGGGCCGAGCACCCUCGCCCUACCACACAUGACGGCCGAGCUGUGGCGCCUGCUCCUCAGCACGGGCGUGCGCGCGCAGGCGGUCGGGGAUUUGAGCGUCAUACAGGCCGUGCUGUUUGGGUAUGUGGCGCUAUUGGACGUGAAUGAGGAUCGCAUGAGGGAGGUGUGUGUGGAGCUGGGAAGGGAGGUGGUCGAGGCCGUCGAGUGGGUGGCUGGUGUGUUUGGUGGGUUGAGGGGUGGGGAUGAAGGCGGGGAGGAGGAGAGGGUUAAGGCAUUGGCUGCGGCGGUUCUGGUGAGGUUGAGGGAGGGAGUGGAGAAGUAUAGACUGCUUUUAAUUGGGGAUUUGAUUGGGUUUGGCUAA